AUGAGCAAGUUGGAGACUUUCUUGGCAAGUGAUGUGGAUCAGACGCUCAAGAAAUACGAUGACUUAUGGACUGCCCAGGAUCCUGAAGACAACCCCUACAAAAGCAAGUAUGUUGCCCGGGAGAUGCUGGAGAUUGCCGUCAAGAAUGUGGAGAAACUCGUUGAGGAGGAAGCUUCCAUCCAAACUGCCGAUCGUGGACGUGAAGUUGUCGCCAGGCUCUUGCUGUUCCUUGGCAAGAACUGCUACUUCUGCGAGGAGGUCCCACAGGCUGAGAAGUGCUUCAUCCGAUCCUUGGAGCGCUACCUGCGAUCGCCGUUGCGACUGGAACCCGAGCCGUUCUGUUACAUCCAGGAUGUCUUCAACCAGCUGGGCAUGCUCUGGUGUAAUCGUGGGGGCCACAAAGAAGGAAUGAACUUCCUGCGCAGGGCGCAGGUGAUGUACAUGAGGCGGCCGCAGCAUGUACGCGAUGCUUGUGAAGAACGGUGCGAGAACAAUUACACGAUGACCAUGUUUUACUUGGCACAGGCCUAUGGGGCACUGCAGAAGCCAGCCCUUUCAGCACGGUUUUGCGCUGAGACCAUGAGUCGCCAGCUCGAGUCGAAUUCGCUUGGCUUGCGCAGCCAAGAAAUCACUGAGCGAGACCCUUUCGACGCAAAGGACUGGAUCAGGAACUGCUGUGCCUUGUCUGACUUCUUCAUCAACGAUGGCAUGUUCUGGACUGCCGAGUAUUUGCUGCACUCGGCGCUGGUCAUGUGCGAGCGUGGUGGAGAGAUCGUGGGCUCAGAGCCCGAGAACAUCAGAGAGCUCAAGGCCGAGUGCAUGCGCGACAUUGGAAACAUGUACGCAACCCGUCUCAAGUUCGCCAGGGCAUGUGCUGAAAGACCAGAUGCAUGGGACGAGGUCUGGCGUGGUGAGCGCAAGAAGGAGGCGGAGGAACACACCGUUCCAGAUGAGGGCACCAAGCUCAGCUUUCGCGUGUCGGCAGACCGGGUGGAGCGCCCUCCAGAAGGCGGUAACGGACCCAUCCUCUGGGACGACAUCUUCCCCGAGGUCGUCCACCUGGAAGAUGAUGAGGCCCAAGACAACCUCAUGGCGGAGGAGCACGAGGCCAUGACAGAAGGCAGUCAUCAAGAGGAGGAGUGGCUUAUCCUUGGGCCGGACGACAGGAUCCACCUUCCUGUGCACUUCAGGCUACUACACGAGCACACCCAGCGAAGAAUCCGCAGAGCAAACACCUCAUUCUUGGAGCAGCGGGGGCCGCACAAGCCCUUGGCAGCUGAAGGGGAAGAACGGCCAAUGUCGCCGUCCUGCAUCGGUGUGUCUUUCGCCGCUGCGCGGGAGAUCUUCAAGCUGGGCAAUCACUUCUUCGCCCAUGCUUUGGACUACUUCCUCUUAGACGGAUGGGUCACAGAACAUGUCAGGAUACUUCAAGAACUGUCCACCAUGUACCGGACUCUGCAGUACUGGGAGAAGGCAUGUUGGAUGGGCGACCGCCGAGGAGACCGCGGGUAUGGCCGCAGCCGCUGGGGCCGCGGAGGCCGCGGUGAGGAGGAGGAGGACCGUAGGGAUCCGCCAGCCCGGCGUCCGGAGCGGGCCAAAGGCGACCAGAACGACCACCGAGGCUACGGCCGAGACUCUGGUCGGGAGUCCGGCCGUGGUCCAUGGGGUCGAGGUCGAGAGGAGGAUGAGGUGGUUGCUCCACCUUUGACUGUGAGUGGCUGUCAGAACGAGACCAUCAGCGCGAUCAUUGCUGCUGGUAUCUACAUGCCAGACAGCCUCAACCACGGGAAGGUGGUGUACAAGAAAAGGGAAAAGUCUAGAGGGCUAGAUGUCCUGAUCUAUUUCUGGGAUGAGCGGGACGGUCCGGAGCUUUGUGGCUGGUGGUUUGGUCCGAACGUGGGAGGUGACCAGGUCUGGGCCUAUCACCCGAGCCGAACGGCCUCCACUCCGCCUGCCUCGGAGUGGAAUGUCCCCCAUGACGGGGAUAUCGACCCCAGCUUCACCGUUCAGCACCGUCGCCUCCUCCUGCAGGAGAGCAUAGCCCCUCUGCAGCGCGGAGCCGUACGAGGGAGGCGUGGCCAGAAGGAAAGCUCGCAGCCACCCAAAGAGGAGCCGAGCAUUGCACCAGCUACCAGCAACUCGCAUGCCUACUUCGUUGACGCAUACAACCGUCGACGGCAAGAACGGCAAGAGCGAGCUCGGAGGGAGGAGCAGCAGAAGAAGGAGGAGGAGGAGCGUCGCCGUGAGGAGGCCCCUACACCUGCGCGGCGCGGAGAGCCGGCAGAGCACGGAGGCGCGACGAACGACGAGAAGAUAGGCCAGAGAGGCAGGCUCAUGCCAUGCUCCUGUGACAUUGGACGACAGCGCUGUGAUUUAUCCAUAGGCUUGAUGAUCGUCGUGAAGAUCGGCGUGAUGAUCGUCGGGAAGAUCGUCGGGAAGAUCGCCGAGAAGAUCGUCGGGAAGAUCGCCGCGAAGAUCGCCGUGAUGAGCGACGCGAUGAGCGACGCGACGAGCGUCGGGAUGAUCGCCGUGACGAUCGACGGGAGGAUCGUAGGGACGAUCGAAGAGAUGACCGCAGGGAAGCCCGGCGGGAUGAGCCCGGUGAUCGGCGUGAGGUUCCUGAAACACUGUAGAUGCGCUUCGAAGGAGGCACCGCAGAGACAGGUGGGCAGACAGAUUCAGGUGAAGGACCUCGUUGCCCGUGAGGCUGAGGAGGAGUCCGCACCCCAAUCUGAGAGAGACAGCGCCCUCACGCCAGUGGCCUGCACUUUGGUUGGUGGCGUCAUGGUGGGCGCAGCGACGAGGCGCUCUCGGCGCUCCGUGGCCCGCCAUGCCGAAGGUCCCCUGCUGACGCUGGGCACACGAGGCUCACCGCUGGCUUUGGCCCAGGCAUACGAAGCCAAGCGACGUUUGGGGGAGGCCUUCGAGGAACUGGCCCCAGAUGAGGCAGUGGAGGUGCGGAUCAUCUCAACCACCGGGGACCAGCGCCUGGAGAUUUCCUUGGCAGAGAUCGGUGGCAAGGGUCUCUUCACACGCGAGCUGGACGUCGCGCUCGCCUCCAAGGAGGUCGACUUCUGUGUGCACUCCACCAAGGACGUUCCCACCGAGCUGAUUCCGGACACAGAGCUUUGCACAAUGCUUCCUAGAGAGGACACGAGGGAUGUUCUGAUCAGCGGCGAUCCAGCUAUCACGUGCAUUGAAGAGUUUCCGGAUGGCAGUCUCAUUGGCACCGCUUCACUUCGACGACAAGCUCAGAUCUAUAGCAAAAAUCCAAACGUGAAGUGUGUAAACUUCCGGGGCAAUGUGCAGACGAGGCUGAGAAAGUUGCAGGGCGGAGACGUUAAAGGCACAUUCCUGGCGUAUGCUGGCCUCAAGAGGAUGAGCAUGGAGGAGCAUGCCACCAAAAUCCUUGAGUGGGAUGAGAUGCUGCCCGCCAUUGCACAAGGUGCAAUCAGCUUCCAGUGCCGCUCGGACGACGACCGGGUCCUCAACUACCUGAAGCCUUUGUCUCAUGCAGACACGUUCCAGGCCGUCACUUGCGAGCGAGCAUUCCUGGCGGCAUUGGAUGGCAACUGCAAGACUCCGAUUGCAGGUCAGGCGAGGGUAAUCGACGGGCAGAUGGUGCUGAAAGGUCUCGUAGCAUCGCCGGACGGGCAGACCAUCUACCGUGUCGAGCGCGAGGGAGCAGUGUCAGAUGCUGUUGCCAUUGGCACGGAUGCCGGGGCAGAAAUCCGAAAAGAGGCCGGCGAGGAGUUCUUCCAGAAGAUGCAGGUCGCCGAGACCGUGAAGAGCGUGACCGUGAUGAUAGAACCGAGAAUCGGACAGAGCGAGAUAGAGGUGACAGACGGGAGCGAGACGGUGAUCGUCGUGACCGCGAGCGUCGUGCCAGCGGAUCGUCGCCGACCCGGUCGCGAGGAAGAGGCCGACCACCGCGCAAACAAGCGACGGCGGGAGGAGGAGGAGUCUGGGAAUCGUCGCCCGGACGAAGACUACCGCCGCCGAGGUGAAGAGGAGCGCCGUCGCAAACAGGAGGAAGAACGCAGACGUCACGAUGACAGGCGGAAAGAAGACGACGCCGAAACAAAGCGGAGGCAAGAGCAGGAACGAAUAAAACGAGAAGAAGAAAAGCGAAAGAAGGAGGAGGAUAUGCGCCGGCGGGAGGAGGAGCUCCAACGACGCCGCGACGAGAAGCGGCGCCGCGAGGAGGAGGAGCGCAAGAAAGCAGACGAGGAGAGGAGAGCAAGACUUGCAGAGGAGAGGAAGCAGGACGAGGAGCGCCGAAAGGUGGAGGAGGAGCAACAAAAAGAGGAGAUGGAGAGGAAGCGCCGAGAAGAGUGGAAGCGGCAUGAGGAGGAGAUUGUUCGUCGAGCCGACGAGGAGAAGCGGCGUGCCGAGGAAGAUCAGAAGCGCCGCGAGGAUGAAGCAAAAGUGCUGCGCCAGCAGCAGGCGACUCUCUCCGUCCUCCGGGUCUUGCAGAAACUCUCCAACGCAAGCCCGGAUACCUUCGAAGCUCUGAACAAGGAGCUGAAUGAGGUCUUGGACAACGAGUUGCCAGAGACGGGAGCACAGCAGGAGAUUCUGAAGGCAGAAGCCGACCGCGUGCUAGAAUACGCCAAGCAGUAUGUCGAUCAGGUUCGAGAGCAGCAGAAGAAGUGGGAGGAGCUCAAGCUUCAGCAGCAGAAGAAGCAGGAGGAGCUGGAAGCUAGCGCUCGGGCUGCCAUUUCCGAGCUCCAGAACAUGGUUUCAACAGCGGAGGCUUCAGCGGAAGGAGCGCACUACACUGCUGCCCCUUUCGCUGGCGACCACGAGAUGGAGGUGGUGGAGGUCCUGAAGCUGUGCAAGAAGGUGGAGCGAACAGGCAAGUCGGCGAUGGCCGCGUGCCAGGCGUGCGUGGACACCUUGGGCAGCAAGAAAGCCUCCAUCGAGGAGGCCGAGAACAUCCGAGUUGAGACUUCGGCAGCCAUCUCGGCCUUGCAGCCGCGGAUCCAGGCCGCCACAAGGCUCGUCACCGAUGCCUUGAACAAAGCAAAGGACAACAGAGACAGGAUUGCCAAGCGCAUCGCGACGGCCAAGCGCAACGAGAAGAAGACAUCCCUCUUCAGCAAGUACGACCAGGAUGCAGAUGGCCGGUGGAAUCGAGCAGAAAUCUCGGCUUAUGCGAAGGGCGAGUUCAACUUCGACCUUCCAGCAGAAAAUCUUGACCGCAUUAUGCGGCAGAUCUGCGGACAGUCAGAAGGCCUUGCAAUCGAAUCCAUGCAGCUGGUCAAAGUUGCUGUCGGUAUUGCAAGGGAAGAGGAAAAAAGCAAGGCGAAGCGUGAGCUUCGCCUGGAGCGUGAGCGGAAAGAGCGUGAGGAGCGCGAGCAGAAGGAGGCGGAAAUCCGCGCGCGCCAUGCGGCGCAUUCUUCGGCUUGCAAGGCCCUCAUGGCUGAGCUCCAGGAGCUCGAGCCCACCAUCGCAUCAGCGGAGUCCAUGUCCGAGGCCAUGGUGGAGGAGGCGAAUGCUGGAAAAAUCCGCGAGGCUCAGGAAGCCAAGCAGAGGCUUCAGGUCAUCGAGACCGCAGUACAAGCCACGCACAGCGCAAUCGCCGCAGUGCAGCUGAAAGCCCAGGAGCUCAGCACAAAGGUAGCCGAGGAUGCCGAGAUGGUGGAGCACAUGGCCCCGGAGCUGGCAGCCUUGGCAGCGAAGACCGAGAGCCAAGAUCUAGCACUUCGAAAGGCCUUGGCUUCUGCUGGCCAGGCCCGUCAGCUGGCACUGCACCGCGCUUUCGCAUUGUACGAGGGCCUCCGAAUGGAGGUGGCUGCGAAACUGCGAGUCUGCAUCGAGACGCAGGGUGGGAAGCCCGACGACCUCUAUGACGCGGUGAAGUCGGCUGGUGGUGGCACAGUCACAAGAAGCACCAUCAAGGCCUACCUUGAGGCCAAUCAGUCCGUCAUUGAGGAGGCGCACCUUCAGACCAUGUUCCCCAGCCCUGAGCCCUCCGAGUCGAAGGAGGCUCAGGGUGAUGGCCAAGAGUCUCAACAGCCUGAGAUCAGCAAGGAGGAUUUCAUGCACGUGAUUCGGAUCUUCUACAAGGUGGUGAAGGAGAUCGUGCUCUCUGACAACCUGCUGAUUGAGCAGAGCGAUCAGCUGAGACGGAUGGACGUCGGCGAAGUCAUGGAGGUUUUCCAAGGUCCGAUGCUGGAUCCAUCUGUGGGGGUCUAUCGGAUUCAUGGCAAAGCUCUCCGCGACGGCAUCACUGGCUGGGUGACGGUGGCCGGCAACCAGGGGAUCACCUUCCUGAUGCCGGGGGGGAACCUCUUCAAGGUGAUCCGGCCGUCUCGCUUCACAGACUUUCCAGAAGACCUUGAAGGCGAACAUGGUGUACGACAGCUGAUGGAGGGCGAGAUCCUCGAGGUGCUUGCUUGGCAGCGCGUGAAGGAGGGCACGCCAGCUGCGGUCACCCGACUGAAAGCAAAGCUGCAGGGUGCGAAUGCAACUGGAUGGGUGUCGAUGUCGGACAACGGCAUUCCGAACCUCGAGGUUCUUUGA